AUGGACGUAACUGGAGCAUUUGGAGAUAUGCGUUCCGUUGAGCGUGAAUGGGGCAUACGAAACCAAUCCGUUCUUCAUGAACAUCGUUUUCGUAAGGUUUUGUCGAAGGCUAAUCCUUCCACAGGCUUUAUCAAAGUCGGUAAGCAUACGUUCUGCUUGGCUAAUGUUUGGUGUUAUGAGGACGAUGUCAUCAGCAAAGCGAGGAUGGUAUAA